AUGGGGAAUCAAUUUAGUACAGCGACGCUGGACGACGCUACCCUGGCACUAAUUAAACGGAAAACCCGGAUGAAAUCUUCUGAAAUCACCAAUUGGUAUAACGAGCUCAAGUCGCGGUGUUCGAAUGGGAAAAUGUCGAAAAGAGAUAUGGUCAAAUGUUACAAAGAUUUGAGCACAUGUGACGCUGAUAAGGUUGAGCAUGUUGUCAACGCGAUAUACCAAGCAUUCGAUGUUGAUAAUGAUGGAAAAGUUGACUUCAAAGAAUUUGUCAUUGGAUUCUUAUUGACAACAAAAGGGUCAAUCGAAGAGAAACUCGACUAUACCUUUCAACUCUAUGACAUCGACAAAGACGGGUUCAUCGAUCAAUCGGAAAUUGACAUUAUGGCCAAGUAUGUUAUGCGAAUGCUAGGUGGCAACGGAAAUGAAUUUGGAUCGGUAGAAUUGCUCAAACAUUUCAUCAGUUCUUGCCAUUGCAAUGAACAAGGUCUGAUUACAAAAGACAGUUUCGUACGAGCUUUAUCGAAAAAUGAACUACUAUGCCAAUUAUUAUCGCCUUUUACUUAA